ACAAGAUCAAGGAAGGGUUAUCCAAACUUCUUGUCAAAGUGAAACCGAAGGACUCCAAAAAGAAGCAGACAAAGAAAAAGGAGGGGGGGGUUAUGUUCCGGAGCUUGGAGUGUGAAAGUCCUGAGCCUUGUGAAAUUGACGAAAACAAGGAGGGUUCCAUUCCAAGCCAGCCUGACUCUGACAGUAUUGGGAGUGAUUUGGAAAGAUUUACCAGAGUCCAAGAGGACAUGAUUGAGUUUAAGCUGUCGUAUGAGAUGUGGCGAGUCAGCACCUGGGCAGUGUCAGUCACACAGGUGCAGGAGGAAAGUGAGGAGUUGUGUUUCACCAUUCACCUGGAGGAGAAGAACAACCCUGAGAAGCUGCACUGGGAUAUGAGGAAGACUCAGACAGAAAUCCGAAACUUCGUGCGUGGACUGCAGGAUCCUGCCAACUUACCCUCUAUAUCAGAGCUGGUAGAAAGCACAGAGAGGACCAUGAACGAUGAGUUCAAAGAAGAGGCCAAGACCACCCUGAAGAAUUUCUUGGAGGUGUUGGUCUCAGACAGCCAGUUGGGCCAGAGCCUGGCAGUGUUCCAGUUCCUGUGCCCGCUGGAGAGACUCCUGAAUGAGGAGGAGCCAGGCGCUGGGGUGUGGGGACUGCUGAGCAGCCUGGCAUACUUUCUGACCCCGGUGCAGGAGGAGGAGGAGGACAUCAGUCCACAAAGCUCAGACAAGCAAGAUGACUCAAACUCAGAGGGCCUAAUACCUGGGAGUGGGCAACCAGGCCCGGAGGGAUGUUAUGAUGCGUCUGGGCAAGGGUCCACCAAUCCCUCCAAAGAGCUUCCCGCAGAACCCUGUAAGGACGGCAAGAAUCUGGAGGCAGUGUCCGAUGUGCCGUCGGAAAAUGUGCCGGUGGCAGAGGACAGCGCUGCGGUGAGGGAACCGGAUCACUCUGGCGUUGAGUUCCGGACGCUGAGAGAGCUCUCCAGCUCUGCCUGCAGUCUGGAUGAGGCUGGGGACCCGGGCAAAGCGGGCGUUUCUACAUCGCUGCAUAAUUCCGUAUGUAAGCCGCAGUCCAGUCAAGAGGGAGACCUUCAGUGUGACGCCACUGACGGCCCCUGCUUUCCCUUUAGUGUCAAGUCAAACAAAAAGGAGAAACUGUUGAAAAGCAAAAUGCCAAUUGGGAUCCACAACAAGAAGGGAAAGGACCAUGGGUGUAUGGGUAGGGCAGAGGGGCAGAGAGAACAGGAGCCACACAGGAAGGAGGUUAUCCAAUCCAGCAAGGAGCAGCAGGAAGCAAUCAAAGCCAUAUUUGAUCUAGUGAAAGAAAUAUCUGGUUAUUCAAUCCUCGUGAACAUAUUUGAUGCCAUCUUAAAACCUUUUAUGCCAUUAUUGAAAAGGAAGGUGAACAGCUUCUUGAUUAAGCUGAGCCCCACAGAGGCCCAGAUGGCCUCCUACAUUGAUAGGCUGCGAGAGAAGCAGUGGCCUGAAGGGGAGACGGCAGCCUCGGGACCGUGCCGAACCAAGGAGCAGAAGAACGAAACCAAAGAGAGAGCCCAUCGGCUGAUCAACACCAGAUGUUCAAAUGCCUUCAUCUUAAAGAAGAAUGAUGUUGAGGCAGUAUUUAAGCUCUUCCAGGACACCGAGGAAAACAAGAAGCUGGUUUAUAUGCUGCUGUCAUUUCUGUUGAGGGAGAUAAUGCCUGGAGAAUCUGCUCUGAAUGUGAAAGCCAUAGCACUUCUGAAUAGCCCAAUUUGAGCUGAGCUGACAUGAAUUCAAUAUUGUGGUAUCAGAGGUCUUACCUAAGUAGAUGGUUUAUUCAAUUUCAUUGGCAUUUUAAAAUAUUUUGCACUUAAAUUUUAAUGACUUAGAAUUGUAAUAAUUGUAAUAUGUUUCUUUUUGAGCAAAAAAAGCUUGAAACGACCCAGCUUUUGUAUUUUGCAUCUUUAGGCAUAUCUUUAGCCAAAAAAAGCCUUAAAAUCACUGGUACAUGUCUUAAACUGGAGAACCAUUUUCUUUGUUAGCAUUCACACUUUUUCCACUACAUAUACCUCAGAUGCAUAAAAAGGGACUGUGAAAUGUUUGUAAUAUUUUGGUCAUUAUUUUAAUACUGUGAAAAACUACAGAUCCAUCAUCAAUAGGUAUUGAAUGUUUUAAUGUACACCUGCAACAUCAUUAAAUUAUGUUAUGUGUAUUUUUGUUAACUAAAAACACUGAAGAUGGUGAGGUAAGCAACAAGCAAUAACCUUGAACCAUUGGACAGAUAAUUUCAAUUCUCAACUUGAAAAAAAAUAUGCACCUCAGCAGCAGUAGUUCAUGUGUUAUAUACCUUUAUUAUGAUAGUUUUGCCUUUCAUGACUGGCACCAUUUCAUUAUUGAUUCAUUAAUUUUAGAGAAUAAUGUGCAUGACUGUACUUUGUCUUCACUUUUUUAAAGAGCACACUUGAAUGAGUAAGACAAUCACUCAGAAUGUGAAUGCACAAAGGGAGCUGGUAAAAUGUCUUCACUGAGCAGUUUUGCUUACUACAGGGAACGUCUUUUAAUGUGUUUGUUCUUAAAAUUAAAUAAUCUGUUAAGUUCUCACAGUGAAAUCUUGGAUCCCAUUUCCCAUUCUUUUAGCUCUAUUUUGAUGCCUAUUGUUUUGCAUGUUG